AUGGAGCGGAGAGGCGGUUGCUGCAUCGGCAUCGCCAUGUACGGCGGAGGCGGAGACGCCGAGGCGGCGUGGAGGAUGGGUCGGAUCAUGCUGAGGUUCCGCCCGAUCGCCCCCAAGCCGGCCGCCGGUUCCUCGGAGGUCGUCUCCGCCGUCUCUGAGUUGUCUCCUCUGGGAAGGAAAACGAGGCGGAAGGGUUCUGGCGCUGCUUCAAGAGGGAGGAAGAAGAGGAAGGUGGAGGCCAAGCCAUCGCCGUAUUGUAAGGAUGAUCAGAAGGCGUCGGAGUUGUCUUCCUCCGCGAACACCACAACGACGAUCUGCUCGCCCACGAUCGUGACGCUCCCACUGAUGCCGGAGGCGGACGAGCGGAGGGGCGACACGGCGGAGCGCCAGCGCACGUCUUCUGGAUCUGAGCGUCCGCUCCUUGCGCCGGGGUGGAUUGGGUGCGAGGAGGCGGCGGCGAGGGCGCCUUGGCUGGUGACGGCGGUGGGAUCGUGGGUGACGGUGGAGAGCGUGACGGACACGUGGAGGGAGUGGGAGGUCGCUUGGAGGAGCGACGAGGCGGUGCGGGCGGCGCUGGCGGUGGACGAGUGCCCCGGGUUGAUAUCCGACGAAUGGAACCGGGUCACGUGGACCAACGAAGCGUACCGGAGGAUGGUGGCGGGCGACAGUUCGGACGAAGGCGCCGGCGGAGGCAGAGCGGAGGAGGAGGCGCGAGUGAGGCUGGUGGCUCGGGCGGCGGUGCCGGCGGCGGAUGCGUGUCGGGCGUUCACGUGCAGGAUGCGGGUUCACUACAGGAAGCAGCCCGGGAGGCCGGAGCGGGCCUUGUCGUCGCUUGCGGCUCCGUGCGACGUGUGGAGGCUGGACGACGGCGGCAGAGCGUGGAGGAUCGACGUGAAGGCAGCGUUAAGUCUCAGCCUGUAG